CACCUGAUCCUCACUGGAUGUACAACGAGGUGACGGCCAGAGGCUUCUUUUCCCCUUGGAUAAUCUGUCAGUAAAUACAGACAGGGGGAUAAAAGAAUUCAGUCAUGGUGGUCUUAAGACAGGGUGAUUAUGUGUGGGUGGACACUAGCAUUGGUGUGCCGAUCGGUGCUGAGGUCAGAAUCUCAGAGUCGGGCCAAAUUCUGCUCAUAGAUGAUGAAGGAAAGGAGCACAAGGUCAAGAAACAGGACAAGUCCCUGAAGCACAUGCAUGCCUCAUCCAUUAAUGGGGUAGAUGACAUGAUUCGGUUGGGCGACCUCAAUGAUGCUGGCCUGCUCAGGAACCUCCUGAUUCGUCACAGGGAGGGAAUCAUCUACACAUACACAGGGUCCAUUCUCGUGGCAGUGAACCCAUACCAGCUUCUGCCACUUUACACUCCAGAGCAGGUGCAGCUGUACACAAACCGGCGUCUAGGUGAACUGCCCCCACAUGUGUUCGCCAUAGCAGACAGCUGCUUCUUUAACAUGCGCCGCAGCCGCCAAGACCAGUGCUGCAUCAUCAGUGGGGAGUCUGGUGCAGGAAAGACAGAAAGCACGAAACUGAUGCUGCAGUACCUGGCAGCGGUGAGUGGACAGCGAUCAUGGAUAGAGCAACAGAUACUUGAAGCAAACCCCAUACUGGAAGCCUUUGGUAAUGCCAAGACUGUUCGCAACGAUAACUCAAGUCGCUUUGGGAAGUACAUUGAUAUCCACUUCAGUAAGGGGGGUUCCAUUGAAGGAGCUCGAAUUGAACAGUACCUGCUGGAGAAAUCUCGUGUUUGUCGACAGGCUCAAGAAGAGAGGAACUACCACAUUUUUUAUUACAUGCUGAUGGGCAUGCAGGCUGAACAGAAGAAAAUAUUGUCUCUGGGUAACGCUGUGGAGUACAACUAUCUGACCAUGGGCAAGUGCACUUCCUGUGAAGGACGAGAUGAUAUAAAGGAAUACGCGCAUUUCCGCUCAGCCAUGAAGAUCUUGACUUUCACAGAGAACGAUUCCUGGGAAAUUCACAAGCUACUUGCUGCCAUCCUCCACUUAGGAAACAUGGACUUCGAAGCCACCAUUUCAAACAAUAUGGAAGGAUGUGAUAUUAUCACUUCUACUCAUUUCAAAAUGGCUGCCCAGUUGUUGGAGGUGGACGUCAAGACUUUGGAUGUAAGCUUGACUCAAAGAUCCUUCAUGACUAACAGGGAGUGUGUGUCUAAACCUCUUUCCUCGGCCCAAGCAAGUGAUGGAAGGGAUGCUUUUGUGAAGGCCAUCUAUGGAAAAUUGUUUUUGUGGAUUGUGGAGAAAAUCAACAACGCCAUUUUCAAGCCGCAGGCUGAGGAAUCUGAUACUCGUCACUCAAUAGGUCUGCUGGAUAUCUUUGGAUUUGAAAACUUCAAGGAAAACAGCUUCGAACAGCUGUGCAUUAACUUUGCCAAUGAGCAGCUGCAGCAGUUCUUUGUGAGGCACGUCUUUAAGAUGGAGCAGGAAGAGUACACUCAGGAGAACAUCGUCUGGAAACACAUUGACUAUGUCGAUAACCAGGGCACUCUCGAUGUACUGGCCACCAAACCUCUAAACAUUCUUUCUCUUAUUGAUGAGGAGAGCCACUUUCCUAAGGGCACAGACACCACCUUGCUGCAAAAGAUGUUAAAGUUUCAUGAGAAAGGCAAAGUUUACGUCCCACCUAAAAACAGUUAUGACACGAAUUUCGGAAUUGAGCACUUUGCUGGGCCAGUGUAUUAUAACUCGAAAGGUUUUCUGGAAAAGAACAGGGAUGCUCUUAGUUCAGAUCUCAUCACAUUGGUGGAAACAUCUUCCAAUAAGCUCCUCAAACAGAUCUUCCACAGUGAUCCUGCUAUCACUGGGAAGAGCAAUGCCAACCCCAAAAUGAUGAUCUCCUCCACGACUUCCUUGAGGCAAAUAACAGACACCAAGAAGCGAGUACCCACAUUAUGUGGACAGUUUCGUCAGUCUCUGGACUCCCUGAUGAAAACUCUGACUGCAUGCCAGCCUUAUUUCAUUCGCUGCAUCAAACCGAAUGACUUUAAGAAACCCAUGCUGUUUGACAGAGAGCUGUGUCUGCGCCAGCUGCGCUACUCAGGCAUGAUGGAAACUAUUCGCAUCAGGAAAGCUGGCUACCCGAUCCGUCACACCUUCCAGCAAUUUCUGGAUCGUUAUCGUGUCCUACUUAACUCUGUUAUCUGUGACCCAAAAACAGAAAGUGCCAAAGCGUGCAGUGAGAGUAUUUGUGAGAGUGUUCUUGGUGCUAGUGAUGACUGGAAGAUUGGCAAAACUAAGGUGUUUUUGAAGGAUUUCCAUGAUACAAUGUUGGAGCUAAAACGAGACAAGGCGUUGAACGAGAAAGCUCUCAUUAUACAGAAAGUCCUGAGAGGAUACAAGCACAGGAAACAGUUUCUUAAACAAAGGUCUGCAGCAGUGGUUGUGCAAAAGCAUUGGCGUGGACACAAAGGCAGAAAACUCUAUAAAAUGGUCCAGCUGGGAUAUACUCGUCUUCAGGCCACCGUGCGCUCUCGUCAGUUAGCACUCCAGUACGAACUGGAGCGUAAGGCCACCUUGCUGCUGCAGGCGCAGAUUCACACCUACCUGGCCAGGAAGGAGUUUAAGCGAAAGAGAGCUGCUGUCAUGCUCCUGCAGGCUCAUGUCAGAGGGAUGCAUGCCCGGAAAGCUGUCCGGAAGAUGAAGAAUGAUGACUUUUUGUCACUGCAAGAGCGCAGGGCAGAGGAGCUAGCUUCUCGGGAGAGACAGAAAAAGUUAGAGCAAAUCCUCCGCCAGAAGAGAGAGAAGGAAGCAGCUGAACAGUCCGAGUUAAUCAAUGAUCAGGAAAUGGUGGACACAAUCUUUGGCUUCCUGCCCAGCCUGGUGGGAGGACAGGAGGGUCAGGCACCUUCAGGUUUUGAGGAUUUAGAAGGAAGACGGGCUGUGUUGGAGGAAAUUGACCUGGAUGAUGCUCCUAUGGUGGAAGAGCUUCCUGAGGAAGACUACGAUGAUCUGGAUGAGUACUCAUUCUCCAAGUUUGCAUCUAUGUAUUUUCAAGGUGCUGCUACACCCACUCACAUCCGUCAGCGACUGCGCCAACCCCUUUUGUACCAUGAAGACGAAAACGAUGUGCUGGCUUCUUUAACAGUGUGGUGGAUCAUCUUAAGGUUUAUGGGAACUCUUCCUGAACCUAAAGCUCAGAAAGUCCCAACAAGCAGAUCAGCAUUUGCUGAUUACUCCCUACAGCAGGAUGUGGCAUCCAGGCAAGACAGACGUCUCAGCCACAUGGUUGGACUUGACCAGAAACUGUUAAGAAACAAAAACACAAAGAGAGACUCUUUAGCACCUGAAGUGCCGCCUCAGAACAGAAAAUCCUCAACAUUUACAGAUCUGCUGUCAGGAAAAAGGAAAACAUCGACCAUGACAGAGGAAGUUGUAUCGGCUCGGAAAGCUUCCUCAAUACCAUCAGAAGGUCCCAAAAACAGAAAGUCUUCUACCUUUGCUGAUCUUCUGACCCGAAACAGAAAGACCUCCACACUUCCUGAGGACGGGUUCUCAAAUCGAAAGGCAUCCCGAAAACCAUCGAUCAUUGAGGAAGAGCCAGAGGAUGGCUCUGAGGUUUCCAAAACACCUACUGUACAGACUAUUACUGAGGAAGAGGAGAACAUGCUUGAAGAAGGACUCACCCUUGAUCGUCCACUCACAUCUCUUGAAAAGUUGCACAUCAUUGUAGGAUAUGGCAUUGUCAGACGUGACCUCAGAGAUGAGAUCUACUGUCAGAUUUGUAAGCAGCUCCAAGAGAAUGGGAAUCGAAGCAGCUUCUUCCGAGGUUGGAUUCUCCUUUCUCUGUGCCUUGGCAUUUUUCCUCCCACUGAGCGCUUCAUUAAAUACCUGCAAAGCUUCAUUCGUCUCGGCCCUGUUGGAUAUGCUCCGUACUGUGCAGAAAGACUGAGGCGCACAACUGCCAACGGUGUUCGUGGAGAGCCUCCCAGCUGGCUUGAGCUACAGGCAACCAAGACUAAGAAACCAAUGGCCAUCUCUAUAACUCUUAUGGAUGGACGAACUAUAAGUCUGCCUGUGGACUCAGCAUCUACUUCUAAAGAAAUCUGCCAGAUUCUCUCACAGAAAAUUAAACUGCAAGACACGUUUGGAUUCUCUCUUUAUGUAGCUGUUUAUGACAAGGUAUGGUCUCUCGGCAGUGGACAUGAGCAUGUGAUGGAUGCCAUAUCACAGUGUGAGCAGGAGGUAAAGCGGAAGGGCGGGCAGGAACAGCAUGCACCCUGGCGUCUCUACUUCCGCAAGGAGAUCUUCACCCCCUGGCAUGACUGCAGCCUGGACAGCACCAGCACUGAACUUAUCUACAGACAGGUCAUUAGAGGACUGAAGUAUGGAGAGUACUCAUGUGAGAAGGAGGAUGUAAUUGUCCAGUUGGCGGCGAAGCAUUUUUUUGUGCAGUAUCGCUCAGAUGACAGUAUGGAGAAGGCUAAGAGUGUUGUCCAGGAUUGUGUUACCUCCAAACUAUUGGAAAACAAACCAGAGGACAAAUGGGUUCAGAUGGUUCACACAGCACAUGUUCAGGGUCCAUAUAUAAAUUCAAAUACCAAAGUUGAUCAUGUAAAAGCAGAAGUGGUGGACUAUGCAAGGGAGAAGUGGCCAAUGUUCUUCUCAAAGUUCUUUGAGGUGUCCAGGAUUUCAGGCCCUGCUCUACCCAAAAACAAAUUUAUCCUGGCUAUCAACUGGACGGGAAUAACCUUCCUGGAUGAACGUGAGAGGAAGUUUCUAGAACUCUCCUAUCCAAUGGUGAAUGCUGUAAACACCAAGAGAAGCCAAACUGUCUAUCUGCAUACUCUGAAAGGAGACUUCACGCUAAGCACAGUCAGUGCUGCAAACAUUGUUGAUCUGAUAGUUCUGUUCCAAGGUGGCCUAACAGAGCGCUCUCAGUAUGCUGUAGCUCUGCAUGAGGUCAACAGGCAAGAUGAUACUACCUUUCUUAGCUUUAAAAAAUCUGAGCUCAUCAUCCUUAUCAAAGACGAUGAAUUUUCUUCCAACCGUGGCUGGGUGAAGGGACAGAAUGAGAGAACAGGACAAAAAGGCGCAGUACCUACAGAUGCCAUCUACAUUGUUCCAACUUUGACGAAACCCACUAAUGAAGUCUUGACUCUGCUCAGCAUGUCCCCAGAUCAGAGAAAAAAUAUGAUUAAUGAUACAAUGAAAGGAACCAUUACAGACAGAGUACCUCCGGCAACACUUAAAGAGUUCUCCAUUGAGUACUUCAGACCUCCCACCAAAGAUGUGAACAGGCAGGUGAUUUCAAAAAACGUGGCACCUGAAAGGCUAUGGGCACACUCCAGAGAGCCCAUCAGACAGCCCCUGCUUAAGAGACUGCUAGGAAACCCAGAGCUCAGCCAUCAGGCCUGCCAGGCCUUUACUGCAAUCCUAAAGUACAUGGGUGACUAUCCCACCAGACAAGUUCAGAGUGCGCUGGAGCUCACAGACCAAAUCUUUGAACCAGCCACGCAGAAUGAGGCACUUAGAGAUGAGAUCUACUGCCAGAUUAUGAAGCAGAUGACAAGCAAUAACAACCGGCACAGCAUGGAUAAGGGUUGGCAUCUUCUGUGGCUGUGUUGUGGUCUGUUCCCCACCAGUAAUUCAUUGCUGAAACAUGCACAGCGCUUUCUGGACACCCGGCGGCGAGAGCAAUUAGCCUCUGACUGCCUACGCAGGCUGCAGGGUGCCCUGAGAAUGGAGCCCAGGAAGUUUCCUCCUCACCAGGUCGAGUUGGAUGCCAUUCAACAAAACCGUGUUAAGAUCUUCCACAAAAUCUUUUUCCCUAAUGACACCGAGGAGUCAUUUGAAGUCGCAAAUAACACCAAGAACCGGGAUUUAGCCAAAACGAUCAGUGCAAAACUCGGGCUGAUGUCAGAUGACGGCUUCAGCAUCUUUGUAAAAACGUCAGACAAGGUUCUGAGUUUGAAUGAGGCAGACUACUUCUUCGACAGUCUGAGACAGAUUACUGAAUGGUCUAAAAAAACUAAGAUGGUUAAGGAUGGAGGACCAAUGAACAUUUCAUGUAAGGUGUAUUUCAUGAGGAAAUUGUGGUUCAACGUAGUCCCUGGGAGAGAUCAGGAAGCAGAUCGCAUUUUUCACUAUCCCCAGGAGUUACCCAAAUAUUUACGUGGCUAUCAUCGCUGCACCAAAGAAGACAUGGUACAGCUGGCUGCUCUCCUCUUCAGGGUUAAAGUAGGAGAUGAUAAAUCCCAGUUUGUCAUGAUUAGCAAGAUGCUGAAAGAGCUUGUGCCUAGUGAUCAGCUUAAAGCCAUGUCAGCCGAGGACUGGAAAAAGAGCAUAGUUGCUGCAUACAACAAGCAGGGAAACAUGAUGGCAGAGGAUGCCAUGGUGGGCUUCCUGAAGGUCAUCUUUAAGUGGCCCACAUUUGGCUGUGCCUUCUUUGACGUAAAGCAAACAUCUGAACCCAACUUCCCUGAUAUUGUGAGGCUUGCCAUCAGCAAACAGGGGGUUACGAUCAUAAACCCUAAAACCAAGGAUGUCCUAGCAAAACACCUGUUGAAUACGAUUGCAAGCUGGUGCAGUGGGAGCACCUACUUCCACAUGACUGUAGGCAAUCUGGUUAAAGGAAACAAGAUUCUGUGCGAAACCUCUCUGGGCUACAAAAUUGAUGAUUUGUUGACGUCCUAUGCCACCAUGUAUUUGAAUGAGAGAAGAGGACAAAGAACCAGGAAUUAAACAGGAAUUAACUGAAACAUGGCCUGACCAGGAUUUCAGGAUUUUUGCCUUUAAACAUACAAACUUUCACUUUUGAUCUUUACGCAGAAAAUUAUAAAGUAUAUGGUUAAACAAGCUUGCUAUGAAUGUAAAAGAAUAUGUUUUGUGAUUAAAAUCCUCAUAUCAAAUCAUUGAUUUGUGCGUGAGAUUUUACAUCUUUUAGAUUAGACUUUUUUCUCUUCUGUUUAUUGUUAAGAUGUUUAAAAUAAGUCUAAUGCGGUUCUUUUUCUGAUCAUUUAUUUAUUUAUUUUCAAAUGUAAAGAGUAAAGUAUCGCUAGGCUUUCUAUGUCACUUGCAAAAUAAUGAUAUAUCAUUAUAAAAAAUUUUAAAUGUUGCUUUGGUAAAAAUGGCCAAAUAAAAAGAACAUUACUCAUUG